AUGUAUAAAAUCCCGCCGUGUCACAGCGAUGAGUCUGGCUCGACUAAGUAUGUCAAGUUUCACAUACGGAACCGUAAUGAGAGCAGCAAUGAUAUCGGCACUCUUGUUAAACAGUUCAGGUCUACAGGACCUAGUCGAAACCAUUUGGUGUAUGAGUUUUUCCUUCGAUUCCUAGAAAAUCCAGACUUCCAGCCAAGUACUGCCAAACGCUACAUUGACCAGAAGUUUGUACUACAGCUCUUAGAACUGUUUGACAGUGAAGAUCCUCGUGAGCGAGAGUUUUUAAAAACGAUUCUGCAUCGCAUCUACGGGAAGUUUCUGGGUUUGCGUGCCUGUGUUCGGAAACAAAUCAACAACAUAUUUCUGAGAUUCAUCUAUGAAACUGAGCACUUUAAUGGAGUUGCUGAAUUCCUUGAGAUUCUGGGCAGUAUCAUCAAUGGCUUUGCUCUGCCGCUGAAGGCUGAACACAAGCAGUUCCUCAUGAAGAUCCUCAUUCCCUUGCACACUGCCAAAGGACUGGCGCUGUUCCACGCACAGCUGGCCUACUGUGUGGUUCAGUUCAUAGAAAAGGACCCGACCCUCACUGAAGUGGUGGUCCGUGGUCUUCUUAAAUUUUGGCCCACAGUACUUUUGCCUUUUUUUCCACCUGAAAUUGUUUGA